GUAAUAGCAAUUCGUUUGACAGCUAGUAUUCUAUAAAUUCUAUCCUGUCGAGAUGCCCCGAUAGGCAGACUCAAAACUAAACAAGAAAUUGCCGAAUAUUAGAGUUAAAGCCUUCUGGUGUAAACAGAACCUUCUAAAACAAUAUUACCUUGAAAUGAAUUAAGCACUUGUGUAUCGAUACAUUGAAUAUGUUAAAUCGAUAGUGUGCUCAUUCUAUUUCUCGAACAGUACAUAAAAAAAUAUGACUUAAUAAGUGUUAAAAAUUGUAUUUAAAACAAUUGUGAAAUCUCAUCCCCUUAAUUUGCACUCGAGCGUACGGUCAACGAGAUCUCGUACGAACAAAACGUAACCGUACCAAAUACAGACUCGAACUAGAUAGUCAACCCACGGACCCACGGCUGACAGGUCACACUUGGGUUCUGAACUUAGCAGCGUGCGGUUGUGCCUUUGCUGUAAAUACCAUCUACUUGUGUCUUUCGGUUUAAAUAUACUUACAUACUUGUGUCUUAGAACACCUACAAUAUGUUUACUUGUGUUUUUUGGUUUAAAUAUUUACAUUUAAUUGAAAAAUAACUACAGUGUGUAAUUAUAUUUGAAAUAAACAUUUUAAAAAGAAGGAAUGCGUGUUUUAAUAUUAUUGAACCCACAAAAAUUGGGGACUCAGUCCGGAAUAAUCCGUGAUCAUAUCGAUUUAAUAUAAAGGCAUUGCGUAGUGGAAAAUUUGUAACGGAAAUUUGGUGAAGCAAGACAUUGUGUAGCCGAAAAAUUUGUAACGAAAAUAUGGUAAAGCAAGGCGUUGUGUGGUGGAAAUAUUUAAACGGAAUUUUGGUGAAGCGAAGGAAAUAGUGAAAGUGUGGAAACAGCAACAGCGCUGCAAACAAGAGAGGCAGUGCUGAUUGAACAGCAGAAAAAACGGAACGUGGAAGGCAGAACAGAGCAAUCAGUAGCAGACAGCCGUACAGCAUGAGCAGUGUUGAGAAGCAAGAAAAAGAAGAGUAGCAUCGACUACUAGCGAAGAUUCCAGAACAGGAAUAGGGUUCGAGUCAAAGCGGCGAGCAAGCAGAGUGAAGAGGUAGCAGAAUAACCAUAGGCAAGAAAAAGAAGAGUAGCAUCUAUUACUAGCGAAGAUUCCAGUAAGUAUCCAAUUAUAAGAGUAUAAGAAGUUGUAUUGUUCAUUCCCAAAUGGUUUCGGCUUUUAGAAGCUACAGUAACGGCGAUACAUAUUAGCACCGACUAAAAAUUGUAAAUGUAUCGUGACAUAUACUCGUAUGAUUAAAUACGUUUUUCCAAUGCGAAAAUUUAAAACAUUAAAUGUUAUGAAACCAAUUUGCUAUUACAUCUAAAAAUUAUAAUUACAUUAUAUUAUAUAUUAUAUAAGAUUUUUAUUAUAAGAUUAUUUGAAAAAGUUCAUAACCCAACAUCGAUACUGAAACCAUUAAAUCUAUGACGAUAGCGUUACUGAGAGAAAAAUGCUUAGAACGGGGACUGACAACGAACGGAAAGAAAUAAGACUUGUCUGAUCCGACAUUUUGGCCUGAGUGAUGCCGAGUUUAGCGACGAUGAAUCGAGUGCCGGUCAGUAUGAAGACGUAGAAACCGUAGGUCCGCGCGUUAGGAAUGUUUCACAUUUUACAUUGACAGUUUAUCUUCAUUUACUGGUACAGACUCACUAGACGUUAAUUAGUGGGUAAUUGAGUUGGAAGAUAAGGUUACAAAUGUUUUUUAUACAAAGCAACUCUUAAAGGGUGCAGCUAAGUCAUUUAUUAGGGGCGUCAGUAGUAUACACAAUUAGUCGUCUUUAAAAAAGAUACUUGUUGAAGAGUUUGAUGUGAAACUAUCUUCAGCGGAAAUACACAAUAGUUUAAGAAAUCGUGGUAAAAAAGUAUCAGAAUCGUUUCUUGAGUAUUUAUACAGUUUAAUCGAAAUUGGUAAACCUAUUAAAAUCGAUGACGAAAGUAUGGGUAUGGUAUUUCAGAUUCCAAAAUAAAUAAAGCCGUUUUGUAUCAAACCAGAACGAUCAGAGAACUUAAAAAUCAAAUCAAGAUAUACGAAAAAAUUCGGUUGAUGCAACAACAUCAGCCUAAAGUUUUUCAGAAUCAAUCUGAUUUUAAGCGUUCAAAAUGUCAAAGUAGAUAGUAACCCAGGGGAAAACAAGAAAUGUUUCAAGUGUGGUGAAGGGACACAUUUUGCAAAAAAUUGUCCGGGCAAGCAGUACCGUUGUUACAAGUGUAAGAAGAUAGGUUAUCGUUCUUUUGAAUGUAAAGGUAAUAAUCUACCGAACAGGGUAAUUAAGCAAGAGAAAAAUAUAAAUGUUAUAAAAGAUAUAGGCAGGUUAAUAAUUAAGAACAUUCAACAAAAUGGUUUUACUUUUUCCGCGUUAAUUGAUACUGGAAGUGAUCUUUGUUGACCCUAAUGCAACUUGAUCAGCAUAUUCAACUAAGUAACGACAAACGGCGUUUAGUAGGUGUUUUAGUAACUGGUGAACUCACCUUUAUUUCCGAACUCACUUGCUAUUUUUUGUUAUAAAAAGAUAUCACACAGCACAGGUUUUCGGAUUUUAUAUUUAUUUAAUUUACAAACGUUCUCAAAUGUUAACAAUCGGUCGAAUAUUCCAAUCGGCGGCGGAAUCGACGAACGAUAAUGUAUGUGGGAGGAAAAAAAGAAAGGCGAAAAGCGUAUGCGCAAAGGCUCGGAGUCGACCCGUACGAAAGUAAAAGCGAAGUGAAGGCUGGAGUUGUCCGUCCCUUUUUUGUGUUCUAGUUGGAAGUGUGGUGUCAUGUUUGAGUGUAUUGGUGUGAUGUGGAAGGUGAGUGGUGAGUGUGGUGUGCUGUCGUGAUGAUUUGUGUUGAAAUGUGGUGUGGCUGUGUUUCAUUACAGGGUAUUGGUGUGAUGUGUAGUGAUGUGGAAGGUGAGUGGUGAGUGUGGUGUGCUGUCGUGAUGAUUUGUGUUGAAAUGUGGUGUGGCUGUGUUUCAUUACAGGGUAGGCCGAGAGUCAUUUAGACAUCCCGGCCCCCCUAGGCAAAUUAUUAGCCUAGUAGCCUUUGCAAUUGCUGCAGUGUGGCCACCACGUUACUGAGUCCAGUAGGUUGGCGAGACCGCGGCCUAGGUUGACGCCGCCGCGUAGAGGUAUUGGGUUGGUGGCGCCGAGUACGUGUUCGGGAUUCUGGUGGUGGCUCAGCUCUUCGUGGUCGUGCAGCACGGUUCGCCUGCGGUCGUCGGGUCGUAGCACGACUGGAGGGGGCAAGUAGUUGUCUGCCGUCCCGAUGAAGGAGCGUAUGAUGCGGCCGCAUGCAUAUUUGGCACGUAUACCCUGAUGUACACUCCGAUGUGGAGUGGGUAGGUGCCAGACAAUUUAGGCAGUGGCCAUGUGCCUGAACAAUCUGCUGGCGGAGCGGAGGCAGCAUCCUCUUAAAAAUGCCGCAGUGCGGCAACCUGUGGGGGCGGCGGCAAAGCGGGCAUCGGAAGCGCUGUGGGUCCGCUGGCACCGGCGUCGGAUUUGCGCGUGUUGCACUUCGGGGUGUUGCACUUCGGGCAGCGGUUGGUUGCGUUGUGGCCGUGGGAUUUCGAGGGGCUGGUGUAGGCCCCGUUCGUGGCACGUGAAUGGUCGACCGAACGGCUGGCGUUGGUGCUGGCGGCAUAUCGACAUCCAUUUGAUCUGUCAAAGAUAUUUACGUUAUAUGUUUGUGGUAUACGGAUAUGAUAGUUGGUGCUACGUUAGGUGGCACUGGUGGGUAGUCAUGUGGACCACCCAUCUAUUACUACGUUUGCGGUUUUCAUUAAGAUAGGAUUUGUGGUUUGUUAUAUCGAUUUAUCGUUUAUUGUUUACGGUUUACGUGUCGGUUUUAUCGGCUGUGGGCAAAAAGCAUAGUUUAACGAGCGGCCGAGUUAGUGUUCCGUUUUGCGUACGGAGAUCAACUACGCGAAUAUGACCGUCGGAGCCGUGGUAAAGCUUCUCUAUGCGGCCAAGCCGCCAUUCAGUGGGGGGGAGACAAUCGUCAUGAAUUAAGACACAAUCUCCAAGCUUAGGCGCCAGAAUGGGCGCUCCUUUAAGAAAAUGCCCUGGUGUGAGGGCUGUAAAGUCUGAUGGAUCUUGUGAGAGGGCUGCGAGAGGCCGUGAGUUGAGAACGGCUUCAAUUCUAGUUAAGAGGGUCGUGAAGUCUUCAUAAUUGAAUUUAUAAGUGCCAGCUAGCUUCUUGAAAUGUGAUUUGAAGCUUUUUACGGCUGAUUCCCAUAAACCACCCAUGUGUGGAGCGCUUGGGGGGAUAAACUGCCAAUUGAUGCCUUGGGGAGCAUAUUUUUGAAUAAUGUCAGGUGAGACUUGUUUCAUAAAAUCCACAAAUUGUUUCUCUGUGGCUCUUUGAGCUCCGAUAAAUGUUUUACCAUUAUCGCUCAUGAUUUUGGUUGGAAAGCCACGUCGUCUGACGAAGCGAGCAAAUGCCGCGAGGAAAGCCUCCUUUGUCAGAUUGGAACAUAGCUCAAGGUGUACUGCUUUUGUCGUAAAACAGACAAAGACAGCCACAUAGCCUUUCAUCAGGGUGGGAGACCUUAGCAUGGACGCCUUUAUUUGAAAAGGGCCAGCAAAGUCGACACCUGUAGUGGUGAAAGGCAGAGCAAAGUUACAGCGUUCCGGUGGAAGUGCUGCCAUAACCUGCGUUCUCAUUUUCUGCUUGUGCAUAGUGCAGACCUUGCACGUGAAAAUGCACUUCUUGAUUUGGGGCUUAAGGCGGGGAACAUAGUACUCUUGGCGUACCAUGUGUUGCAUGAGGCGAUGUUCGGCGUGUAACAUGAGUAUAUGGAUAUAAUUGAUGAACAAUGUGGCAAAUGAGGAUUUCUCUGGUAUUAUUAUGGGAUGGCGUUCGUUAUACGUAAGGCUGGAAUUAGCAAGCCGGCCGUUUGCACGAAGCAGACCUUUCGUGUCUAUAAAUGGGUUUAGUACUAAGAGUGUGCUCUUUUUGUCAAUUGGCUUCGAUUCUCUUAGUAACCCUAGGUCGCGGCUGAAGUAGCGCGUUUGGGUUGAUGCGAUAAGAGCGACCUUCGCUUUUUGUAAGUCUUGGUGCGUCAAUGUAUCGCAUUGGGGGCAAGUUGCUCCCUUUACCUUAAGUUUGAGUCGCUCUACGAAUUUGAGAAUAUAGGCGACUACUCUGAGUGCUCGGGGGAACGAUGAAAAUCGUUCAAGGAUGUCAGCAUCAUCCAUUGUUGUGUGAUAAGUGGCGAUUUUUCGACCUUCUGGGGCAAUUAUGUUGCGCAUUGGCGAUUGUGGCCAAGAAUCGGGAGAUUCUGUUAACCAUCGGGGGCCAUUCCACCAGAGGGUGGUGGUGGCGAGAUGAAGGGGUUUGCACCCUCUUGUCCCAAGAUCGGCAGGAUUGUCAGCACUGGCAACGUGUCGCCAAGUGGCUGAUCCUACUAGGUCAAGUAUUUGCGCCGUUCUAUUAGAAAUAUAUGUCUUCCACGCGUGUGGUGGUUUUUCUAACCAGGCUAGCACUAUUUCGGAAUCAGACCAUAGAUAUAAUUUGUGUUGUGCCAUGUUUAAGUGGGUCUGCACCAUGGAAACUAGCUUUGCUAGUAGCAGAGCGCCACAAAGUUCAAGUCGUGGUAGACUUAUGGUUUUUAGAGGCGCAACUUUUGCUUUUGCCACUAGUAGGUGGCUUGUAGUUGCAAUAUCGCUUUGUGUGCGCACAUAUAUAGUGGCACAAUAUGCCUUUUCAGAGGCGUCGCAGAAGCCGUGUAGUUCCACUUUGUAUUCGGGGGAAUAGUUUACCCACCGUGGAAUUUGUAUCUGCGAAAUGUCGGUCAGAUUAUUAGCGAACUGGGACCAUCUUUCUAAGCGAAGAGGUUUCACUAGUUCGUCCCAGUCAGUUCCGUCUAGCCAUAAUUCUUGAAUCAGGAUUUUCGCUUGUAUCAUAAUUGGCGAAAGCCAUCCUGCGGGGUCGAAAAGUUUUGCCACAGAGGAGAGAAUUUGGCGUUUUGUAUUGGCGGAUAAUGCGGAUAUGGACUCAGUCGUGUAUGAAAACUGGUCCGAUAUCGCAUUCCAUUGGAUGCCCAGUGUUUUUGUUGUACUUUCCUUUUCGAAUAUAAGGAAAUUAGUAUCCAACAAAUUGUCGUUUGGUAUGUUCUUCAAGAUAUUUGGGUGAUUAGCUGUGAUCUUUUUUAGGGGAAACCCUGCGGUGUUGAGGGCUUUUAUCACUUGUGAUAAGGACUCGUAUGCUUGUGAGAGGCUGUGGCUCCCAGACAGGAUAUCGUCUACAUACGUUUGCGUUUUUAAGACUUUUUGUUGCCAGAGGAAAUUCUGACUUUGUGUCUUCUGCCAGUUCGUGGAGUGUACGGAUGGCUAGAUAUGGGGCACAGUUUACGCCAAAGGUAACUGUUUAAAUGAGUUAAGCAUCCACCCCCUCUACACGGUAAAACUGGCGCAUCCUAAUGCGACAGCUUAAUUCACCACAGCUGAUGACACCAACACAACUCACUAUACCUGCACACUCACUCAUCGAAAAGGCUGGACAAGAAAAAGGCAGACACAAUCGUUCUCACUAUCGGCACAGCAACUUUCGUUUUGGAUCCAUUCGAUCGACACACUGCGCACAUCAAGAUUCGUCCUAAACAAUUCGCCAGGACAAUUCGACCCUCAACUUUUUCGAUUUUAUACCGCGCCGCGUCAACACGAUCUUUGACCCCGUUCGACAACGACCUGCCCGCGCCAAUUUACAGCGAUCCAACCCAUUGGACAUCAAUUCAAUAACAUCAUAUUAUGUAAUAUCGCACAAAACAUUUUUAUAAAUAAAUUAUAAUUAUUAUAUUGUACUUUAAAUGAAUACGGUGUUUUGUCAUUUUGAUUGAUCAUGCGAGUGUGAGUGCAAAUCGAAAAGUCUAAAUACAGUGGUUUGUAUUCGAUAAAUUGGGUCAACAAUUAAACAUGGUCCUUCGAGCCUCACAGAAAGGCACUAGUGGAAAAACAAGAACCACAAUAAAAAUAUAAAUAUAUACUUGUGCGGUGAACAAAAAACAAAACUGUGCAGUGAAAAAACAAAGUGCAGUGACCCUAAUAAAACAGCACUAAAAAUCAAAAGAGAGUGCAGUGCAGUGGUACGGGAACAAGAAAAAGAUAUACAAUACGAACAUAUCUAUAUACAAGUGCAUAUACAUACAUUUAUAUAUAAAUAAUAAUAAAGGAAAAAAUAAAUGAAAACAAACUAUUUCAAACAUAUGUUCACCAUAUGUUAAACGUGCGUGUCAAAAAAAAAAAACAACAUAAAUGGUAUUAACAAACUAAACCUAACGAGCGCGAAAUCUAAAAACAAAACAUAAGUAAAUCAAAAACAAAUCCUAAAUCGGGCGCGUUGUAAAAGCACUUAAACAAAAACGGAACAAACGGGCGCGAACAAUUAAAACAUAUAAACAUACAAACAAAACUACAGCGCAAAGAGUAUCUGGAGCACAGAAAGAGGGACAAAGCUCGAGAAGCCCAUAAGCAGCUGGAAAAAGAGAAAGAGAAUUGGCGACAAAACACGUACAUAAAUACAUACAUACUCCUAAAGCUCCCCUGGAGGAAAAACAAAGUGAGCGUAUUUAUUUCAUUUAUUCUAAAUAUACAUAUGUAUGUAUGUAAAACAUACGUUUUAUAUACUAAUAUAAAACCGUAUUUCAAAAUCCGUUUGAACCGCGAAAAAAACGGUUACCAAAGCGUCACACCUUCGAGUUUAUUUUACUAGAAAAACCGAACACAGCUUGGUAUAACAUAUAUGUAUAUCAACAUAUAUAUGUUAAUAAAUAUUAUUAAUUUAUUGCCUACGUAUUAACUUACCUUGGUGUAUUUAAACACGUUUUAUUAACAAACACAUAUAUCCAGCAUUUACUUGCGAAAAUUUCCGACAAACCUCUUCUGCUUAAUAAAUUAGUAAGCAGGAUUGUAUACGAGUAUAAUAUGUAUGCAAAGGCACAAACAAUAAAAAUAAUUAUAUCAUAAAAAAAAAAAAAACGAAGCAAGAGAAUAAAAAAACCCAAGCAUACAUAUGUUACAUACAUACUUACAUACAUAUAAGCAACUUUACUUUCUCCUCUAUAUGUACAUGUUUUGAAUCGACAAAUAUUUUAUACCAACAACAAAAACAAAGCACAUAAUAAACAUAAAACUAACUCCUUACAAAUUAGCAAACGAAAACAACAUACAAAGUGCAUUCGGGAACAUACCUGCACUUUACCCAGAGCGAACAUACGUAUGUAAAUAUAUUUGUACAUGUAAUCAUACUAAACAAAAUCUCAAAAAAAAAACCAAAAGUCCAAAGUCCACAUUGGCAAAUAUUCAGCAAUACCCUUGUUCUUUGUCAAACAAAAACAAGAAGGAUUGCGUACAAAAAGCGAAUUGAUCUCUUUAACGAGCUCUCAAUUGCUUAAGAAUAAAACCAUAAUCAUAAAAACACAAACAAGUCGUGCAUUUAUGUAAAUAUGUAGCAAAUUGAUCUCUUCAACGAGCUCUCAAUUGCACAAAACAUAAGCACCUACAUACAUACGUACAUAUAAGUCCGAGUAUUAGGGUGUACCUAAAUACAAAAUUUCGGACAUCAAAUAUUUUAAUAUAUAAAAAACGCGGUUUAAAAGUACUUAAGAAUUCAAAUAUAUUUUCGAACCAAAAUAUAAAUAAAAAUAAUACAUAUCACAAGUACUUACGAAAUAACAAACUCUUAUUUACAUAAAAGAGUAUUUCAUUUUGUAUACUUUGUCCCUUCAUAUAGAUACUAUAAAUCAGUUUACACUGAGCAAAAUUUAAUUCAUAUAGACAGAUUUUUUACCAUACAGUAAAAAUAAUGAACAAUAACAAAAAUCUAAAUAAACCUGUAGGAGCUACACGCUCAAAACAGGCUAAUAAAUUUAUAUCAGAAAGUGACAGUUUAACAAGAUACUGCACUAGAUUUGCCUCUUCACCGAUUCACGAAAACUCGGAAUCGCUACUAGAAAUCAAAAUUAUAAAUCUUAAUAAUUUUUGGAUACGACUCCAAGCGGCUCAUGACGCCAUAGUAGAAUCUGACAAUUCAGAUCUACCUCAACAUUUUAAAUCAUCGGCUUACGAUAUUUACGAAAACUGCCUUGACCAAUAUGAAGAAACGAAAGCUAUGAUCUCCGAUCAAUUAAAGCUAAUAAAAACAAUUGCACCUACUCCACAUCCGAGAGUAGAGCUGCCACAAAUGCAACAAUAUCAAGAGGCAAGUUCCGGCAUCCAACUCGAGUUGCCCGCUUGUGACACAGAAACCUUUUACGGAGGUUAUGAAGAAUGGCCGUCCUUCCGGGACAUGUUCACGGCCGUGUACAUAAACCAUCCUCAAUUAUCACAAGCGCAAAAAUUGUAUCACCUCAGAUACAAAACUAAAGGUCAAGCAGGCAUAAUAGUAAAACAGUUCGCUCUUAAUGGCGAUAAUUUCAAUUUGGCUUGGGAAGCUCUAAAAGCUAGAUACGAAAAUGAAAGAAUACUGGUCGAUAAGCAAGUAACGACACUACUAAACUUGCCUAAAAUCAAGAAAGGAACAAGUGAAGAAUUUGUAACACUACAAUCCACUGUUUCUAAUUGUUUGUCGAUUCUGUCGACACAAAAUAUUCCCACAGACAGCUGGGACCCAAUUCUGGUAAACAUUUGCACCGCCGCAUUACCAGAAAAGUCGUUACUUCUAUGGGAGCAAUCGCUCUCAUCACGAAAAAAGUGCCCAACGUGGCAACAAAUGAAAGAUUUUCUCACCACCCAAUAUGAAAUUGCGGAAAGGUUAGAAGAAAAAAUAAUCAAAACUAAGAAAAUUAAACACGACCAAACUAGAAGCUUAAAUAGACCCCAAGCUAGAAGCAAAAACAAAUCAAACAUAAUUUUUAACAAAAUACAAUCGUUCAUAUCCGAACAAAGAAUACAUACGUCAUGCGAACUAUGCACAAGAGGGCACAAGCUAAAAUCUUGCGAAAAGUUUAAAAAACUUAAUAUAAACGAAAGGAACAACUUUGUCAGAUCAAAAAGACUCUGUACAAACUGCUUGUCCCAUACACAUAAUCUUAAAAAUUGCAAAAGCAAAUUUAACUGCUUAUAUUGUCAUAAAAGACAUCAUACAAUGCUGCAUUACAGCACAUAUCCCUCACCUCAAAGGAGCGUAUAUACAAAAAGAAACACGGGUUUAAUUACAAAAGCAAAUCCCGAAAGCCAAAAUACUAAAAAUUGCCAAGAGACACCAUGCUGUUCAAAGGCACAAAAAUCUCAAACGCUGCACAGCGAAAGACAAAGUGGAUUAGUUGUAGAACCAGUUCCCAACACACCAACUCAAGUUGAGAAAAAACAAAAUCAAUACCUUAAUUCACAAUUAAGGAAAUUUCGAAAUAUAGGGAAACUUCCUCCUAUAUUAAAAGCACAUACAACUUUUCGGCCCCGCAGGAUGGCUUUCGCCAAUAAUGAAAAAAAAAAAAAAUUCUGAACAGAUCCUAGAGCGGUGGCGGCCUACAGAACGCCAAAUUAGUACAUACAUAAAAACAUAAAAUAAAAAUAAAUAAUAAACACAGUUGUAUCAAAAGUCGAAAAAUCGACAUUUUUUCGUAAAUUUUCAAAAUAAAUAAAAUCUUCAACAAAAUUAAGGUUCAACGAGUACCAUACUCUCAAUGCGAUACAUGGACGAACCUACUCUUACAAAAGCAAGGUCGCUCUUAUCGCAUCUGUUCAAGCGCUCCUCAUAUGGGUGAGUUAGGGAAACCAGCUAUACAAAGCAUUAAACAAUUAUGAAGAAUUCUGUACUGUACGAUUUGAAGCCGUUCGCAAUUCACGGCCAUUCUCUCGCAAGAUCCCUAUAAUUUCAUAGUCCUAAGUCUAGGGCUAAGGAGUACCCAUUCUGGCCACAUCUGAGCCAGGCGUGGAGUUACUAUCCUUUAUAAGCCGAUAACACAGAAAAGGCAAAUAACAAACAACCGGUAUUCCAUACCGAUGAAAUUAGAAAUUAAAUAACCACCAAUGAAAUGAAUAAAAGCGAACAAAAAUAAAAAACGCAUACACUUGUAAACCGUAAUAAUGACUCCCCAAAAAAGCAAAUCAAAUAAACAAAAUAUCAAAUAAAAAAAGUAUCUUCUCUUAAAUAUCUGCACGCAAAUUAAAAUGCAUACAAAAUGCCUGUGUCAUGUUUAAAUCAGAAUCCGUUUUCUGCACACUCGAAUAAAGUGAGUAUAUUACAACUGCAUCAUCAAAUACUUCUGCUGUCAGAAUGUAUUCUGCGCCUCGGCUACUCCACCAGCAGUAUGCCAAAAUACAGACAACCACAUAUUCGUGGAAAACUAGGCAAAAUAUUCGCCUAGGGGGCCCAGGAUGUUUAAAUGAGUUAACCAUCCACCCCCUCUACACGGUAAAACUGGCGCAUCCUAAUGCGACAGCUUAAUUCACCACAGCUGAUGACACCAACACAACUCACUAUACCUGCACACUCACUCAUCGAAAAGGCUGGACAAGAAAAAAGCAGACACAAUCGUUCUCACUAUCGGCACAGCAACUUUCGUUUUGGAUCCAUUCGAUCGACACACUGCGCACAUCAAGAUUCGUCCUAAACAAUUCGCCAGGACAAUUCGACCCUCAACUUUUUCGAUUUUAUACCGCGCCGCGUCAACACGAUCUUUGACCCCGUUCGACAACGACCUGCCCGCGCCAAUUUACAGCGAUCCAACCCAUUGGACAUCAAUUCAAUAACAUCAUAUUAUGUAAUAUCGCACAAAACAUUUUUAUAAAUAAAUUAUAAUUAUUAUAUUGUACUUUAAA